GUCUCUUGUUUGUCAACAAUAGGUCUCUGCCGUGUCAGCGUCUGUGCCCUUGCUGAUGUCCACCAAAAAGAAAGCCAGAUGUCCUCAUCAGCCUUACCAUAUCUAAUCUCUUCCUUCUUCCUCUUCUCCUCUACCGCCAAUUUCCUCUUCUUCCUCCUCUCCUUCUUCUAACCAAACCUUCUCUUAUUAAUAUUAAUCCCGUCUUAAUCCUCCAUCAUUAUUAUUAUAAUUCUCUCUCUCUCUCUCUCGACACUGGUUCAAUCAUAUACUGGAAAAUAUUAAAAAAUUACUCAACAUGACUCGCCUCUUUCGAUCCAAAUCUUGUGGACUCGUCGGGCUCACGGAAUUCAGCUCGGUUCCUCCGCCGAGUCCAUUUCUCGAAGAUGAUGAUGAAGACGAGGAGGAGGAAGACGAGGAGGAGGACUAUGAAUAUGAAGACCAGGAAUAUAAUGGCGCUUUGAGAAAUCCAAUAUCGACUCCGUUUAUUAGCCCCGGUUCGAGAUUUGGAGCAAGAGGAGGGAGAGAAGGGAAUGAGAGAGGGAGACACGGGAGUAAUCAGUUCGCUGUUCUGGAUAUUUUGGUAGCGGCGUUAAGGAAAUCACUGGUUACGUGCAGUGUGGAGAGGGAGGAUGUUUCUUCCAUGGAUAUUAGCUGGCCUACUGAUGUUAGGCACGUAUCUCAUGUGACUUUCGACCGCUUCAAUGGUUUCCUUGGCUUGCCUACUGAAUUUGAGCCUGAAGUUCCUAGGAAGGCGCCUAGUGCCAGUGCAAAUGUAUUUGGAGUAUCCGCCAAUUCUAUGCAGUGUACUUACGAUGACAAAGGGAACAGUGUGCCAACUAUCCUUCUUAUGAUGCAAAAACGACUGUAUGUUGAAGGAGGCCUUAAGGCAGAGGGAAUAUUCCGAAUAAAUGCUGAGAAUAGCCAUGAGGAGUAUGUCAGAGACCAGCUAAACAAAGGUGUAGUGCCGCGUGGAAUAGAUGUUCAUUGUUUGGCAGGUUUAAUAAAGGCAUGGUUUAGAGAACUACCUUCUGGGGUACUUGAUUCUCUUACAGCAGAACAGGUGAUGCACUGCAAUACUGAAGAUGACUGCACUCAACUCGUAAAGUUACUUCCUCCAACAGAAGCUGCACUUCUUGAUUGGGCCAUCAAUUUGAUGGCAGAUGUUGUGGAGCAUGAACAAUACAAUAAGAUGAAUGCUCGAAAUAUUGCUAUGGUCUUUGCGCCCAACAUGACCCAGAUGGCAGAUCCUUUAACUGCAUUGAUUCAUGCUGUGCAAGUAAUGAACUUGCUCAAGACGCUGAUCUUAAAGAAUCUUCAUAACAGAGAGGAGUCAGCUGCCAAGGCUAGGUUGCUUUCUGUGUUCUCAGAAUCCCCAGGAGACAAGAGUGAGUCCUGUCAACCAAACUUAAACAGCAAACCCUGUAAAACAUCUCUGGAUGCUUGUGCACCUGAAGUACCCAGCACUGGUGAGUUCUUGAGGUCAGCUACUAUGAAUAGUAUAGAAUCCAAUGCCAAGGAGAAAUCUCAGAAGAAAAAUGAUGGAGAAGAAGAAUUGAAUUCCAUUUCAGGUAGCAACGCCCAUUCAUGUGAAAUGGGAACCUUAGAAAAUGGAUGUAAAGGCGAAUACGAUAAUGGAGAUUGGCUAAGUUUGAGAAAAGGGGUAAGGAGGUUAUGCAGACAUCCUGUAUUUCAGUUGAGUAAGCCAGCUAAGAAGAGUCGAGAACUUGGCAUUGUAAAUAAUAGAGGAGGAGGUGGCGAAGCUUGGGCCUGAUUCUAGUGUUGACAUCUGAUGCCGUACUGUUUAUGUGUUUGAAUUCAUGGGUGCUUGUGUAAACAUGGUGUUAGAUUAGCUAUCAAUGUUUGCUUAUUUCUGUAGUCAGUAGAAGAGAGAGAGAGACAGAGAGGAGAGAGGAUCUAAUUUGUUUGGAGGCCCUAACUAAAUGUGUAAAGCUCUUGCUAAAAUAGACAAUAAUCUGCGAGGGAGGACCCUCACUUUGUAUGAUUUAUGAUGUAACUUGUGGUUGUUAAUAACAAUGUUUGGGUUGUUUACUGGA